UUUUUUUUUUUUUUUUUUUUCACGAUUUCAUAUCCUACCGCGAUGGAGGUUUGAGCUGCGCCUCGCAGACCACGAGCAGGCCUUGCGCCUCACCAACGACGGGCGACCAAGAAUAAAGACGAACAGAGUAUUAGAAAGAGAAGGAAAAUAAGCAGUAAAACGAAAGAAAAUAUGAGACAGGUUGAGAAAUAUUAGAGAGAACAGAGGAAUUCAGAGAAAAUGGGUUCAGGUCUGAUGCAUUUAGGAUGACACUGUGCCAGCUAAGGUAAAAUGGGUGAGAUUGUAGUCACUAGUCAGUGUACUGCAGGUCAUCUGUUUUCACUUCUUGUCUGGACUGGUUCUUCUACCAAUAUCGAAGAAGGAAGUUCAAUUUAUCAAGGAUCAAGUUUUGGAGUAGCAAACGCCACGCCACCUUCGGUUCAAGGUGACAUUACUUUCGGCUGCACAUAGUUCUUCAGCACAUUGACUACUUUACUUAGGAUCGGUUUUGGUUGAUGCCCAAAAUGUUAGCUUCUUCAGCUUCAGCUAGAGCCGUUUUUCGCUCUUGCCCAAAUGCAAUCAAAAGGGACCCUUUUCUCUGGUUGUAUUGUGUAACCCAAAACGUUUUCGAUCACUCGUUGCCAUCCACAACAUGCUUUACACACUCUCCUUCCGAAGCUUCGUGUACAUCCUCUGCAUUGGACUCAUUAUCCGUGCGGAGGUCAAAUGUUUUUACGUCUCAUAGCAUUCUUCGAAACUGCCUGCCUGCUACUGCUAGAUGCAUGGGCGGUACAUCAUUCGAGGUGAAGACAGACAAUGAUGUUGUCAGGUUUUCAAUCGGCAAGCCACUCGAUAAGAUUGGUCCCUCAAACAAUGGGAACAAGAAGAUGGCUGUAACCCGACGUGUUAAAAUGUCCAAGAAGGCCAAACUAAAUGAACUGCGAUUUUACCGCCUCAAGGCCAAAAAGAAGAUGAACUCUCCAAAUCCACAAGUUAGAAUUAUAUACAAACUUGAAAAGGCAAAACGAAAGGAAGCAUGGUUGAUUGAGAAGUUGAGGAAAUUUGAGGUUCCCAAAGCCCCCGCUGAAACACAUGAUCCUGAAAUUUUAACUGAGGAAGAAAAACAUUAUCUUAAGCGAACCGGUGAGAAAAAGAAGAACUAUGUCCCAGUAGGAAGGCGAGGAGUAUUCGGAGGGGUGGUUUUAAAUAUGCAUCUGCAUUGGAAGAAGCAUGAGACUGUUAAGGUCAUUUGCAAGCCUUGUAAGCCAGGACAGGUUCAUGAAUAUGCUGAAGAGCUUGCUCGACUGAGUAAAGGCAUUGUGAUUGACAUAAAACCUAAUAAUAGCAUAAUUUUCUACCGGGGAAAGAACUAUGUGCGGCCGAAAGUAAUGUCACCUCCAGAUACAUUAUCCAAAAAUAAGGCACUGGAAAAAUAUAAAUACGAGCAGUCCCUCGAACAUACAAGUCAGUUCAUUGAAAAGCUUGAGAAUGAACUAGAAGAGUAUCAGAAGCACGUUGCUCGAUUUAAGAAAGCAAAUGAGGAUGCAACACAAGAAUCUUUGGUCAAGACAUGAACAGUAAGCAAACGUUUAUGAAGCUGGUGUUGGAGGUGUGUCAGGUUCUGCAUUUCAAUCUCUUUGAAAAGUGAACUUGUCUUGGCUAAAAGAUGGAUGCAGCACCUUUGUGCUAUGCUCGUCGUGGAUUCCGAAACUUUGGUGUUUAGUAUUUGAAAGUGAUCAAUCUUUAUCUCAGUUAAUUUUUCAAUUCUGGUGAUUUCUUGGCUUCCAUAGCUGAAUGGGAGGAGGCUGAAAGGGGGAGAGGGGAGGGGCUGCCGUGAGGAUGGGAGAUGAUGUAUGUGAAAAUCCAUUGGAAAUUUGACAAACUAAAAAAACAAAAAAACAAAAAUAUGCUACUUAGUUAUACAGUAUAGUUGUAUUCAUCUUCACUUGUAAGUAAGAGAUCUUAGUUUCGAUUCUCGCCAAAGACGAAUUUGAAUCAAAUUAUUAUUAGCACAUUUUGAGACUAA